UGUCUUUCCAGCGCUGAGAGGCAGAAGAGCUGCAGCCCGCCAUUGUGUAGAGAGCAGGUUCUGUGUAGAGAAAGCGGCACUUAACUCUCACAUAGGCAUUUCACACGCCGCCGCGUUAAAUACAAGCUAAACAGAUUAAACAGGCCCCAGGGGAGCGCUAUGUCAGCCAGCAGCCUUCUAGAACAGAGACCGAAAGGCCAAGGGAAUAAAGUGCAAAACGGAGCUGUGAACCAAAAGGACACUUUAAAUGAUGACGAGUUUGAGCCUUACCUGAACAGUCAGGCCAGACAGAGCAAUGCCUAUACGGCCAUGUCUGACUCCUACAUGCCCAGUUACUACAGCCCGUCUAUUGGAUUCUCGUACUCCAUGAAUGAAGCGACCUGGUCCACUGGUGGUGACCCACCUAUGCCCUACCUGACCUCCUAUGGACAGUUGAGCAAUGGCGAGCACCACUUCCUGCCAGAUGCAAUGUUUGGGCAGCCAGGGGCACCGCUGGGGAGUACACCUUUCCUAGGCCAGCCCGGCUUCAAUUUCUUCCCGAGUGGCAUUGACUUUUCAGCCUGGGGCAACAGCAGCUCUCAGGGACAGUCAACUCAGAGCCCGGGCUACAGCAGCAGCUAUGCCUAUGCCCCCAGCUCCCUAGGUGGUGCAAUGAUUGACGGACAGUCUCCCUUUGCUGCCAGUGAGACUCUCAAUAAGGCCCCUGGAAUGAACAGCUUGGACCAGGGCAUGGCUGGGCUAAAGAUCGGUGCUGGGGACGUGGCCCCCAAAGUAGUGGGAUCCGGACUUCCGGGGGGGCCUCCUAAUCCUGUUUCGGCCCCACCUAGCAUGCCUCCAGUGUCCAUCGCCCCACCUAAACCGGCUUCGUGGGCAGACAUCGCCAGCAAGCCAGCCAAACCACAGCCGAAACUGAAAACCAAGGGAGGUGCUGGAGGAGGUAACCUCCCGCCUCCUCCUAUUAAACACAACAUGGACAUUGGCACCUGGGACAACAAAGGGACCAUGCCUAAGGCGGCUGCCCCCCAGCAGGCUCCCAUCCCCAGUAAUGGGCAACCUCCCAACCAGGCUUCGCCUCAACCUAGCACAAAUGCUGGUGGAGGGCAACAGCAGCCCCUCAGCAAUGGACAGUUGGCUCCCUCUUCUGGGCCGCACCAACAGCUACCUUUAGGCCACCAAGGGGUUGGGCAACAGCAAAUGCCCCAGGGCCCACCUUCUACCCAGCCAGCACCACCCACCCGCUGGGUGGCACCCCGUAACCGUGCCAACGGCUUUGGGGAUGCUGGGGCCGGGGCUGGGCAGUCACCACCCACCUCUGGGGCCGGCGGCAUGGCUGUCCCUUCGGAGCCACACCCGGUGCUUGAAAAACUGCGCUCUGUGAAUAACUACAACCCCAAGGACUUCGACUGGAACCCCAAGAGCGGGCGUGUGUUUAUCAUCAAGAGCUACUCUGAGGACGACAUCCACCGUUCCAUCAAGUACAACAUAUGGUGUAGCACGGAGCAUGGAAACAAGCGUCUGGACGCUGCUUACCGGUCUCUUGCCAGCAAGGGUCCCCUCUACCUGCUGUUCAGCGUGAACGGCAGCGGGCACUUCUGCGGUGUCGCCGAGAUGCGUUCCCCCGUGGACUACAACACCUGUGCUGGCGUCUGGUCACAAGACAAGUGGAAGGGCCGAUUUGAUGUGCGCUGGAUCUUCGUCAAGGACGUUCCGAACAGCCAGCUCAGGCAUAUCCGCUUGGAGAACAACGAGAACAAGCCAGUGACCAACUCUCGGGACACUCAGGAAGUGCCCCUGGACAAAGCCCGGCAGGUGCUCAAGAUCAUUGCUGGCUACAAGCAUACCACCUCCAUCUUCGACGACUUCUCGCACUAUGAGAAGCGGCAGGAGGAGGAGGACAAUGUUAAAAAGGUAGAAGUUCAGGGAAGCGAACCCUACACCAGUAACCCAAACAGGAGCCAUUACAGACUUCAGGAACGCCAAGGCCGUGUCAAGUAACAGAUGUCUGUCUUGAGCUAAAGACUGCGAUGGCUCACAUCUAGAUCGUCUUUUUUUUCUUUCAGUAACAAAACAAAAAAAUCCCACAAAAUAACCAAGGACAAAAAAAAAAUAAAAUAAAUGAAGACUCUUUCUUGAUUUUGUUGACUUUAAAGACUUAUUUCGAACUUGUAGUUUAAAAAAAAAAAAAAAAAAAAAAAGAGAUCGGAAACGUUCAAAACAGUUAUUCAUAGGACUACAACUUAAACAAAUCUAUAGCUUCUUUAGGUGAAUUGGUCAGUUUCUUUUUGCAUUUCUUUUUCUUGUUUUUUGUGAUUCCACUGCGUAUUUUUGAUCCCCCUUUUUUUUAUUAAGAAAAAUAACUUCUAAUUUCAGUCCAUCGGCAAGGCUUUAUUUUGUAAUUCCACGCUGGGUGGAAAUACUGUCCUUGUUGCUACAGGUAUCCACAGACCCAAUUAAUUUUCGCCCUUUGAAAUUGGCAAAUUUGUAUAUUUUUUUUUUUUUUUCACCCCCAAGGAGACUGUUGCAUCAAGGAUUUGACAUUGCCAUCCUUCUCGCUGGAUUUCAGCUCAAGUACUCGAGGAACCUCUGUUUGUGUCAUCUCCUUAAGAACUUUAAACAAAAUAAUUAAUUAAUGCUUGGGGGGGAGAGUCCUGAGUUUUUUGUUUUUAUUGCAUUGAAGAAAAAAAAAAAAAAGCUAACUUAUCAAUUAAGUCUUGGUCUUUAUAUGAUUUUAUAGUCUAUAUGGGCUGUUUUCUGUCUGAGGGGGGAAAAAAAAAAUUGAGAAAGUGGAAUUGAUGUUGCUAUGGACUGCUUUUUUUCUCAGUUUCUUGUUAAGUCAAUGAAGAGAUGGGCUUUGCCUUUUUUUCUCUCACUAUUAAUCAGUUCUCCGUAAUAAAUGUGAUAUCCUAUUCAGCAGCAAUCCUGUGUGCAUUCCCCUUGUUUGAUUGCCAAGAAGCACUUUUUCUUCUGUUUGUCACAGUUUUGGUAUUUUUAAAUCUUGAUGUUCUAUAGCAAUACUCUGUUCCAAGCAUGACCCAAAUUAGUGUUGUUAAAUAAUCAGGAUGAGUGCAUACCUAAACUCAGCAAUGAAUAGUAAC